UUCUGAUAUAAAUAUUUCUCCAUUCUCCUCGCUCCAAUAGACAGACAACUGUUAUUGUUGGCAAUUGCCAAAGACCAAACAACACAAAAAAGAGCAGCCUUUCGGAGAUCUCAAGGGCCUUUACUAUUACCUCUCUCGAUAUCUCCUAAGCUUUCUCUCUCUCUUUUAGCAUUUCGUAUACCUAUCAGUAGAUUUCUUAGGUUCAUUAACCCAAAGAAAAUAAAUUUCUUAGAUAGGAGUUUCUGAAGUUGAAAUCUUUAACAAAAAAAAAAAAAAAAAAGUCUUGAAAGAAAUGGCUACCCUUUCUUCAAUACAUUCCCGUUCUUAUGCAAAUUCAAAUUCAUAUUCUUUAUUUUCUUCUUCUUCAUCUUCCAUUAAUGGGAAGCAAUUUCAACGCCUGAAUUGGAUUGCGAAUAAGUUCUUAACAGCUAAGGUUUCUUUACAAGCUCAAAAGAAUUCUUACCCAGAUGUGGUUCUCAUGCAGGAUGGUGCAGUGGCCACCCCAGUGAACCCAGUAGAAAAUGAUAGUUCAUUUAUGAAAUUGAAGGAUGGGUUGUUGUCUUCAAUAACAUCUUCAGAGGAAUUAAAAGAAGAAGUUGGUUUUGAUAUUAAUAAAGAUGAGUCAACUGUCAGCAUCACUGUUGUUGGAGCAUCUGGAGACCUUGCCAAGAAAAAGAUAUUUCCUGCACUUUUUGCUCUUUAUUAUGAGGGUUGUCUCCCCAAGCACUUCACUGUGUUUGGUUAUGCUCGGAGUAAGAUGACUGAUGCUGAACUUAGAAACAUGAUUAGCAAGACUCUGACUUGCAGAAUUGAUAAGAGGGAGAACUGUGGUGAAAAGAUGGACGAGUUUCUUAAUAGAUGUUUCUACCAUUCUGGUCAGUACGAUUCUCAGGAACAUUUUGCAGAACUAGACAAGAAGCUGAAAGAACAUGAGGGUGGCCGAGUUUCCAAUCGCCUUUUUUAUCUAUCAAUCCCCCCAAAUAUUUUUGUUGAUGCAGUAAAAUGUGCGAGCUCAUCAGCUUCAUCUGGUAAUGGCUGGACCAGAGUCAUUGUUGAGAAACCGUUUGGCCGAGAUUCAGAAUCCUCUGCUGCUCUGACAAAAGCACUCAAGCAAUACCUAGAAGAAGAUCAAAUAUUUAGGAUAGACCAUUAUCUGGGAAAAGAACUAGUGGAAAAUCUUUCUGUUCUCCGCUUCUCCAAUCUAAUCUUUGAACCUUUGUGGUCGAGGCAGUAUAUAAGGAAUGUACAGUUAAUAUUCUCUGAAGAUUUUGGCACUGAAGGACGUGGAGGGUAUUUUGAUAAUUAUGGGAUAAUAAGAGAUAUAAUGCAGAACCAUCUGCUUCAAAUUCUUGCACUCUUUGCCAUGGAAACCCCUGUCAGUUUGGAUGCAGAAGAUAUCAGAAAUGAAAAGGUCAAAGUCUUACGAUCCAUGAGGCCUAUACGGCUUGAAGAUGUGAUGAUUGGUCAGUACAAGAGUCACACUAAAGGAGGGAUUACUUACCCAGCCUACAUUGAUGACAAAACUGUACCAAAAGACAGCCUAACUCCAACGUUUGCAGCAGCAGCCCUCUUCAUAGACAACGCAAGAUGGGAUGGGGUGCCUUUCCUUAUGAAAGCUGGCAAAGCAUUACAUAAUAAGAGGACUGAGAUACGUGUACAGUUCAGGCAUGUACCUGGUAACUUAUAUAACCGGAACUUUGGAUCAGAUAUUGAUAAAGCUACAAAUGAGCUUGUUAUCCGAGUGCAGCCUGAUGAAGCUAUCUACUUGAAGAUCAAUAACAAGGUCCCGGGUUUGGGAAUGAGAUUGGAUCGAAGCAACCUAAAUCUUCACUAUGCAGCAAGAUAUUCUAAGGAGAUUCCAUGUGCGUAUGAAAGGCUCUUGUUAGAUGCCAUUGAGGGUGAAAGAAGGCUAUUUAUCAGGAGUGAUGAACUAGAUGCUGCUUGGUCACUAUUCACGCCUGUUCUGAAGGAGCUUGAAGAGAAAAAGAUUAUCCCUGAAUACUAUCCAUACAGCAGUCGGGGCCCCGUUGGGGCUCACUAUCUUGCAGCAAGAUACAACGUGAGAUGGGGUGACCUUUGUUUAGAGCAGAACUGAAAAGUUGUGACAUUGAUAUUGCAGUGGGAUAGGGAAAGCAGAGAACUUAAUGAUUUAUGACAUGAAUGUUUAUUAGGAUCAUUAUACAAAGAGCUCUCAUGUAUGAACUCCAUGGGAAGUCAGGAGCAAGCAGAAUGUAUCAAGAAACAUGAGAAUUAUCUUUCCCACUUUCUAAGUUACAGUAUAUUCUUUUUUUUGGUUUCUUUUCUUACUUUGCCACGAUGGUGAAUUACAGGAAAUAGACUCAGUUUUGGUUUGUCCACAAUGUAAUUUCCCGAGUCCAUUUCCUGUAACUUUUGAAAGAGUCAGCAAUGUGGAGUCCAUUUCUUUUUGGUUCGA